AUGGAAGUUGUAAUUCCACCCAGAGAUCAUGGGCCGUCCUACAGAUAUGUAUGGGACGACGAAGGGCAGGUCGAGAGGAUAGAAAGAGUCCGCUUUCAAGACAACAAUGAACAGAGAGAUAGUACAGUGAGCAGGCAAACGGUGCAAUGGCCUUUUCUCCGUCACCAGAGCUCCGCUUCCGAUGUCGCCUCGUCGAGGCCUUUUACUGGCUUCACGGGGAGCUUCCCGGACCCGCAAAGUUUUCCACCAAAAGAACCAAAAGAACCGACACGAAGAGCGACGUGGGCGCCGGGGAAGCGCAACUCGACGGCUACAAUUCUGGAAAAUAUCGUCCCGGAUUACAUCAUCAACUACAUCAGGGGAGAGACGCCCGAGACCAUGGCGCAGCGGAGAGAGGAACGCAAGAGGCAGACGGAGAGCCCAGACACAUUGGAGGCACAGGCCGCCGCGGCGAAUCACGCGGCCGCGCAAGGAUUUUACGACGAGGCGACCACGGAUCGACCGUCGACAGGCGAGAACGAGAUUGGGGAUCUCGAACGGAUGCUGCCGCCGGCGGACGAGAAGCGCGGGGGCGGAGGGACCUUAAGCAGGAUGAAGUCGGGCUGGAGGGCCGGCAUCGCGUUGAACAUCAUCAUCGGCUUCGCCAUCCUCAUCGUCGCCAUCGUGUGCCUCGUCCUCGCGCUCGUCGUCGUCGGCAUGAUCAGGGGCGAGAGCAUCAUCUUCAAGGGCUCCUGCGCGACGGCCGAACAGCUCAAGAUUGGCCUCUUUGUCGCCAUCAACGUCAUCACCAUUGUGCUGCUGUCAGCGGCCAACUACGUCUUCCAGGUCCUGAGCAGUCCCACGCGCAUCGAGAUUGAGAUGGCGCACGACGGGAGGCGGUGGCUCGACCUCGGGAUCCCUUCUUUUAGAAACCUGCGUUUCGUCUCGAAACCGCGGGUUGUCAUGACAGUCAUCAUUAUGCUGGCGGCCGUCAGUACCCAAGUAAUUUAUAAUGCCGUAAUCUUUUCGACACAACCUGGCUACGCCCACCAGGUCGUCUUUGUCACACAAGAGUUCCUUGCCUCGGGCCAGUUCAGCAACGCCUCAGAAACGAACGCCGGCGGUCUCUCCAGAGGCGAUAUUCUCGACCUCCAAGACCUAGCGUCCCGAAAGCAGCUCACCAACUUCACAAACGCGGAGUGCGCAAGUCAAUUCGGCGGCGUCUACCAAAGCGACUUCACAGCCGUCGUCCUCGUCACGGAUGUCAUCGCUCCCAGCAACGCCCUCGUCCAGACCCAAAAGUCCGGAUCCUCCCUCGCCCCCUUCAUCGUCAACCCGUCCAACCCCACGCAGAUCAAGAUCAACAGCUCUUCGGUCGAUUACUGCCUCGCCCGCCCCGAGGACCGCAACCCCUGCACCGUCGUCCUCAACGGCUCCCUCCUCGGCGUCAUCGCCAUCCUCAACCUCGUCUCCGUCUCCGCCAUCGGCGCCGUCUACUUCUUCACCGGCUUCGAGCCCCUCGUCACCCUCGGCGACGCCCUCGCCUCCUUCAUCUCCCAGCCCGACCACACCACCCGCGGCAUCUGCCUCCUCGACAAGACGGACGUCAAACAGGGCCGCUGGGGCUACCGCGAGGCCAAGUACUGGACCUCGCGCGACCACUUCUGGUUCCAGACACCCGGUUUGACCCUCUGGACCUUUUGGCUCAUCACCUGGGCCACGCCAGCCGCCCUCGCCGCCGCCGCCCUCGCCGUCUCCCUCGGCAAAGACCCGUCCUCCUCCCUCGGCGCCUUCGGCAGCGCCCGCCCCCGCGAGCUCUACCCCCUCCCCAACGGCGGCGCCCGCGCCGGAGUAGCCAUCGUCGCCGCCCUCCCCCACCUCCUCCUCGCCGCCCUCUACCUCUCCACAAACGCCCUCCUCUCCUCCUACUACCUCUCCCACGAGCUGAGCCAGUACGCCCUCCCGGGCAUCUCCCUCCCGCUCCGCGUCAGCUCAGGCCGGCCCCGCGGCACCCAGACGACAAGCCUCUACCUCACCCUGCCCCGCCCCCUAUCCUGGCUCCUCCUCGCCUUAUUCGCGGCGCUCGGCCUCGUCCUGAGCAACGCCGUGCCCAUGGUGUCCGUCGACAUGCGACCCGCCACCCGCGACGACAACUUCCCCAUGCCCAUCAACGGCGUCGGCUUCAGCGGCGUGGGCCUGCUCGCGUUCCUGGCGCUGCUGGUCGUCGUCGCGGCGCUGGUGCUGGGCCUCGGUCUCCGGCGCGCGGACCCGUCGCCCACGAGCGUCGACGGGGAGAAGGCGGGCAACCCGCUCGUGCUGCAGGGCGGCGGGUGUUCCGCCGUGAUUACCGCGCGGUGUCACCGCCCGCCGAGCGACGUCGGCGCCGCGUAUAGCAACCUCGCGUGGGGCGUCGUCGAUCAGGAUCCCGAGACUACGUUUGGGCACGCUACGUUCUCGAGUCAGGGCGUGAGCGUCUUGGAUCCUGCCAAGGGGUAUGCUUGA